UAUUGGGACAAGUUCAUUUUGGAAUUUUCGGUACUGCCAAUGAAUCAGGCGUCACAAUACACUGAGCGGCGCCGCGGAAUCGAAGGCCCGACUGUUACGCUCGCCCCUAGGCCUCCGCUUAUUGUCUGUGAGAGUAAACAGAGAGCGCGCACGUCACGCAAACUUCGCAGGAAGCCCGCGUCCACUUCAGGGACGGUGGAAAAAAUUAGAAAAAAAUAAAUAAAAUAAAGUGAGCGGCGUCCAAGCCGACCAAUCGCUGGCCUGUCACAAGACUUCGCUAGCCAUUCGCGGCGAAGGAGAAGGGCGGGCUGUCGUGCGUCUGACGUCACGCGUCCCCCGUACUGGAUGGAAGCCCCACCCUUUGUGUUUCCCGCACCGUCAAUCAAAAUAGGGGGAAAAAAAAAUCCCGCGCCUGGUUCUCUCCGUCCGCAGCGCUGCUCGGGAUUAUUAUAGUAACUAUGGCCUGCGCCUGAAUAAACCGAGCGCGGCCCGCCAGUGGGGGGUUUGGUGCGACCUGGGGGUUUUUACUAAUCCUGCCACAAACACAAUGACCGCUCCGGAACAGCCCGUCAAACGAGAGGAAAUGGCCGCAAUGGAAGUAGAUGGGCAGAGCGAGUAUCUGCAGCAACACGGAGACAGCAGCAGCGCCGGCGAUGACAGCGACCAAGGCGGUGGCGGCGGGCAGACUGAGGACUUGGCGGUGCAGAUUUCAGGAGGCCCAAAUAGAUGGGAAGUGUUGACUCCUGCACAGGCUGCUUUAAAAGAUGAAGCUGGAAACAUUGUGCAGAUUCCAGGUGGUGCUACAGUAACAUCGAGUGGACAGUAUGUGCUGCCAAUUCAGACUCUGCAAAACCAACAUUUAUUUUCUGUAGCACCAGGAUCAGACACCGCUAAUGGUACUUUGUCCAAUGUCCAAUAUCAAGUAAUACCACAGCUCCAGACAUCUGAUGGACAACAAGUCCAGCUUGGCUUCACCACAUCCUCUGAUAAUGGGGGCCUGGACCAGGAUGGUGGUCAAAUUCAGAUAAUUCCUGGAAACCAUUCAGGUAGCCUUUUGUCUUCGAGCCCAAACAUAUUAACACAAGCUGGUCAAAUUCAGCAUUCAGGUGGGUCAGUGCAGAUUCAGGGGGUAACCAUUGGGGGUACAUCUUAUGCUGGCCAAACACAGGUUGUUGCUAAUGUCCCAAUUGGACUACCUGGUAACAUUACCUUUGUUCCCAUAAAUAGUGUUGACCUCGACUCUUUAGGUCUGACUGGUAGCACUGAAGCCAUGACUGCAGGCCUUACUGCUGAUGGACAUUUGAUAAGUGGGCACGGCAUGGAAAACUCUGAAAAUUCAGAAAGGACUGCAGAACAUGAGCAUAUUUCUCCUGAUGGUGUUGAUACCAACUCAGAUACAGAUUUGUUUGUGCCAACGUCGUCUUCAUCUCAACUUCCUGUUACUAUAGAUGGGACGGGAAUGCUUCAGCAAAAUGCAAACAGUUUGACUGACAGUCCAAGUGGGCAUGUGCAAACAUCGGAUCUCCAUGGAAAUUACAUCCAGACAUCAAUGACGGAUGAGUCACAGAAUAUUCAGGUUUCCGCCUCACAAACGAUGGUACAGCAGAUUCACCUUCAAGAUAGUCAGCCUACCAGUCAAGCCCAGCUUGUGCAGAGCAUUGCACAGCAGGCAAUCCAAGCUGUCCAGGGUGGCACUCAAGGUUUAUCUUCCCAAGCUUUGCAAAACCUCCAGUUGCAGCUUAACCCAGGAACAUUCUUAAUUCAGGCUCAAACAGUGACUCCUUCUGGCCAGAUUGCCUGGCAGACAUUUCAAGUUCAAGGCGUGCAGAACUUGCAAAAUUUGCAGAUUCCAAAUUCUUCUGCGCAACAAAUAACCUUGACACCUGUGCAAACUCUCACACUCGGCCAAGUUGCAGGAGGGGGUACUCCUGUUAGUUUGAAUGCCGGCCAGUUGCCAAAUCUACAGACUGUUACAGUUAACUCUGUUGAUGCAGCUGGAAUCCAUUUGCACCACGGUGACAACUCUGACAGCCCUACAGAAAUCGAGACUCAUCAGACCAGGCAACAUUUUUCCAGUCUUCAACUGUCCAAUUUUGGUAUAAGGAUUAAAGAGGAAGAACCUGAUCCAGAUGAAUGGCAACUUGCUGGUGACUCGACUGUGAACACCAAUGAUUUAACACAUUUGAGAGUCCAGGUUGUUGAUGAUGAGCUGGACCAACCAAACCAGGAGGGGAAAAGACUGAGAAGAGUAGCUUGCACUUGUCCUAACUGCAAAGACGGUGCUGGAAGGGGCACCAACCUUGGAAAAAAGAAACAGCACAUUUGUCAUAUCCCAGGAUGUGGGAAAGUUUAUGGCAAAACGUCACAUCUGAGAGCCCAUCUUCGCUGGCAUUCAGGGGAACGUCCUUUUGUUUGUACUUGGAUGUUUUGUGGUAAGAGGUUUACUCGAAGCGAUGAGUUACAACGGCAUAGAAGAACGCAUACUGGUGAAAAGAAGUUUGUCUGCCCUGAGUGUUCAAAACGUUUUAUGAGAAGUGACCACCUUGCCAAACACAUUAAGACACAUCAAAAUAAGAAAGGCAUCCAUGCCAGCAGCGCCGUUCUGGCAUCGAUAGAAGCAAAGCCCGAAGAUACUUUGAUAACUACGGAAGGAACAACCUUAAUCCUUGCAAACAUUCAGCAGGGUUCCGUAUCCGGCAUAGGAACUGUACAUACCGGCACCAGCAAUCAAGAUCUCCUUUCCAAUUCCGAGAUCCCUUUACAACUUGUUGCAGUUUCCGGAAAUGAGACGAUUGAGUAAUUAUCCCACGACACCUAUUAAUGUUGGUUAUUUUUAUACAUUAGUGAGAAAAAGAAAACCUUGUUCUUGAGUUCUUAGAUAUCUUUUUAUUGAUGUGCAAACUUUUUUGGAUUGACAGUAACUUGGUUAUAUAUGACACUGAAAUGCCUUACUUUGUAUGCUAUUCCAUAAGUAUGAUCCAAUGGUAAAAUUUGCAUGGCUUUUGUAGGUACUUUUGGAAUCUAGUACAGAUGAUGAAAUUUUACCAUGAUACAUACAAGUAUAAAUAAUGUUGACAGAUGGAAAUGGUAGUCUAACCAAACGCAUCAAUCCAGUGUGGUUUAGUGUAAAAAACAAAAAAAAAUUCCAAAAAAAAAAUAAAAAACCAGAAAAAAUUAAGAAUAUGUUGGUAUUUAUCUAUUGUAAGAUAACAAAAGUUGAUGGGUGAAAAAGAUGUUAUGAUAAAUGAAAUUUUGUAAUUUUCUCGAUGACUGGAAUUUUUUUAAGUAUGCAUAACUGACAAAUCACGUUUCCCAGCAAAUACUUAUGUAGACUUGGCUUUAUCUUCGCUCACCAACUUAUCAGUUAACAGUCAAAACAAAAAAAACAAACAUUUUUUUUUUUUUUUUUUUAAAUUAGGUGAAAUCUGUACACAAUUUUAAGCAUUUCUCUUGUAAAAUUAUACGGCAAGGUUUUUAACACAGAACUGUAGGCAACGGCCGCUGUCUAAGAAUGUUUUGAAACAGAAAAAAGCCAUGCGCAAGAUUUAAUUUGCCAAAACCAAAUCUUGUUCAAGUUGUUCAUCCCAACGGCAACAUAUAACCAUUGUUGAAAGACUUUGUAGGUUUAAAAGCGUUUCGAGUGGUUUAAAUGUUAACAACCCCACUUUAUCCGACUACUGGUGGACCAAAAAAAACGAUAGUGAACUGUGUUUAGCACAUCUUCCUUCUCAAUCUCGUGUGUAUCCGACCGCUUCAAACCCAUCGUUGUAAAUGAACAAGUGAAGCGUUUGCAAACAUGAUUUGUAUCUUUCCAUAGUCAAACCACAAGGCAUACAAAUCCUAGUCCUGGGCGGUAGGGAGUUAUACAUGGGUGUUCAUUUUAUUUUCCUUUCAUUUAAUUUUUGUGAAUCAGCAUUUAAACACCUUUUUCUUUCUUCUAUAUUUUUUUUUUUUUGUUUUGUUUCGUUGCUUCUACCCAUUAAAAAUUGUAUGUAUCGAAUACAUUUACUUGAUAAAUAUGUAUAUUUUUUUUAUUACGUUGCUGUAUUUUCGUUUUAUUUUUUAAUUGUUUAUAUUUUCGACAAUAGUAAAGUGUAAAAAAAAAAAAAAAAUUACGAAGUUACAUUGCAGGAAUGUAAGUGCUAUACCAUUUUUCUAAGAAGUAGUACAAAUAAAAGAAUAAGAGAAAAAAAAUACUGCAGCUCCUCCGACAGUUUCACCUAGUUGCAGGCUUUGUUUGGGUCUCUGUUAUUCCUACCACCUCAGAUUUAAAAGAAAGCUACCUUAAAGUGUAUGUUCCAAAUGUAUUAUAACAGUGUGGUAGUUUAAUAAAACACUAUUUUCUUUCUUUGGACUUUGCUGUAUUGCUAUUCAUUAUCAGAUUAAGAGAGAGACGCACCAUUUCCUUGCAACGUAAAAGGCAGGUAAAUAAUGUAUAUAUUUUAUUCUCAAGCGGCAUUUAUGGAGGGGACCCCCCCCACACAUUCAUUUUAAUCCUAUUAAGUGCAGCUGCAUCUUGUCACUAUGAAAUAUUCACAAAUAAAGUAAUUCUUGCAUAUAUAUAUCUUUUGUGAAGGAAUCACUUGAGGGCCUCAAAUCAACAAAAGACGCUAGAAAUUCUGGGUUUACUGUAAAUAUCUACAGGCUCAAUAUAAAGCCUGUUGACCACUUGUCUCUUCAGCAACAGUUACGUUUGGGAGAUGAAUACUGUAUCAUAGAUGCGUUGCUUAUAUGGUUAAACUUCUUGUUUUAUGCAUUAAUGUCCAUUUCAUAGAUAAAAUGAAAGUGAACCCGGCAUUGUUUUUUUCUUUUUCUUUUUUUAAAUCCAUUAAAAAAAAAAAAAAUUUGUAAUGUUUUUGUCACUUGUAGAUGAUUUUAUUGCAUAGAUUGAAGAAAAGUGUUUUGUGUUCUAUGUUUAUGCUUCAGUAUGGUUCUUAAACCCUAGAUGGCUGUAUUUUAAGCAUGUGACUAUAUCGAGCUCACCUAAAAUGUUCAUUGUUUGUCGCCAUAAGAGAGGCCACUUUUGGUAUCACAAUUGCAAAGUUAAGUUUGUUCUUUUCACUUUUUAUUGGGCUCUUCCUACCCUGGUGUUCAAAUUUCCUAUAUGCUACAACAAAUGAUAAAGAUUGUCUGUUAAUGUCCAACUCAGUUUAUCUUUUCUUUUUUUUAUUUUAAAAGCCAGAUUUUUAUUUACCUCUUUGGUUUCAUCGGCUUUGUAGGUCUUUUUACGGAGAACAUCAUUUCAACAGGAAACUGCGACUUUUGAUAUUAUGCAGCCCUAUCGCAGGCAAGCACCUUAUCAUAUAUAUCUGUAUCUGCAACCACCAUUGUACAGUUGUAUGUAAUAUUAAAUGUUACGGCUUGUU